GUUGCGUCUGCAACUCCUAUUAUUUUGUACGCACAAGAAAACGAGCUCAUGCACAUGAUGGGUAUUGCUCUUUCAGCUUCCAUUCAAAUCCAGCUGGUGUGUUUGCUCUUGGCUGCUUUCGAAUCAUCUAAAUUUGCAGCAGCAGUUUUAUUAUCAGACGUGUAAAUGACCGUCGACUAUUUGAUCUGACUCUCAAAUUUUGUAUUUAUCUGGAACACGUCGAUCGCCAUGAGUAUCUCCGCCAUUCUGAAUACACCAGAAAAACAUUACCCUGAGGAGAACGACGGCUGCUUGGACUGUGGAGCGUUAGCGAACUCCUGUGCCUUCAAUAGAUUUGGCACGCUCCUUGCAGUCGGCUGCCGCGAUGGUCGCAUAGUAUUGUGGGAUUUGCUAACCCGUGGAAUCACCCGUACAUUCACUGGUCACUCAUACAGCGUCACCACUCUCAGCUGGUCUCGCAAUGGUCGCUAUAUUGCCAGCGGUGCUAUUGAUGGCACACUGCACAUUUGGGAUGUGUCCAUCAGCGAACGCUCUCACACGUAUCACUUUGUUUCGCCGCUCGUGAAAGUUCAAUUUCAUCCCCGUGACAAUCGCAGUGUACUGGUGUGCAUUUCCAAACAGUCUCCCGUGGUCGUGGAUAUCAGCACCGACAUUGCUAAACCAGUACCGGACUCUGGAGAGAACGUGAUUGCAUCUUACAAUCGGAGAGGCGAUUUAAUUAUCACCGGUAAUAACAAAGGAAUGGUAACUGUAUUUCAAUUUUCUUCACUGAAGGAGCUUCUUUCUGUCCGAGUGACCACCAGCUUGGCACAAACACAAAUUAAAUCUAUUGAGUUUUGCUCGAAACGAAAUAUUUUCCUAGUUUCAUCUCAGGACCGGGUGAUCCGUCUGUUUGAUGCUGACACAUUACCAGGAGGGUGUGAUGAACAAGCAGAGCCCGUCUGUCUGCAGCGUAUGCAGGACCUGGUUAACAGAACAAUGUGGAAGAGCUGUCAUUUCUCUUCGGAUGGAGCGUAUGUAGUAGCUGGUUGCUCGCGUGAGCACAUCCUGCAUAUCUAUGAGACCAGCACUGGCAGUUUAGUGAAGAUCCUGAAAGGUCUGACGGGCGAGGAUCUGUGGGACGUAGCGUGGCAUCCCUUACGUCCUAUGAUCACAUCAGUCUGCAGUGGAACAGUGACAGUAUGGGCACAUAACCCUGUGGAGAACUGGAGUGCAUUUGCGCCUAAUUUCUCCGAACUAGAAGAGAAUGAGGAAUAUGAUGAACGGGAAUCUGAGUUUGAUGAGGAGGAUGAAGAUCGCAGCGAGCAAGGCGACAAAGGUGACGUGACUGGAGAUGAUCUUGAGGUUGACGUGACGUGUGUUGAUGAUGUUCCAGCGUACUUGAGCAGUGACGAGGAGAAUGACAAGGAAAACCUACUCAAUUUGCCCGUACAGCCAGACUUUGACGAGGACGAGGACAAGGCAUGGCGAUCGACGCAUCCAAACGACGUAUCCAGUACGAAGCGGAAAUUUUCAGAUGACAGCGACAAGACGGGUGAGCCCUCGAGCAAACGAGUCAAAGUGGUGGAGAUAUCUGCGGACGGCACUUGCGUGCCUGAACGAGUCAACACAGCCGUCCUGCCGUCUAUCCCUACUCCUGUCAGUAAUCUAGCCGUGCCGCCGUCUAUCCCUGCUCCUGUCAGUAGUAGUAGUAGUCUAGCCCUGGGCGAUCAUUUGCCGGCCGGUGCAGGUGCAAUGCUGGCUGAAUUAGCUGGUGGUCUCCCAGCAGCACCAGCGGACACAUUGCCAGUCUCCAGUGAGGAUUUAUCCUCGUUGUUCUCUGACUUCCUGGGUGCCAAUGACACUGCCCGCUUCCCACAGCUGCCACAGGGACAAGCACAACCACCGCCCUCUGCCGCUGGCCUGAAUUUGCCUGGCUUUGUUCCGUAACCAUCGUUAUCUGUGGCAUGUAUUCAAUCACCCAAUCAUGCCGGUGGUGAACGCCUGUAAGAAAUCGUGUGCUGCGGCUAGUCUGUGUGACAGUCUAGUACCACAUGUGUGUAGAUGCUCCGUAAGCGACAGCCAGUACAUCGUUUGUGUGUAGAGCUCCGAAAGUAGUGGGGCAAGCAAGACGGCCCUUGGCGCAUACCGCCACGCGACAAGCAGCUGCUAGGCGUGCUGCAAGAUGCAACAAAGCAGUUUAACGAGCAGUCCAAUGGAGUGGUGACACUAGACCACCUUUGGGAUCGGCUGCCCGUAGUAUGCUAUUCUGUGCUGUGGAGAGCAAUGUAUACUGGCUUGUGUGAGUAGCAAUGGCAGGUGCCCCGUAAGUAGUGCGUUCAUCGUGUUGCUGCUGUAGCAGUGUCUGGCUCAUGCAGGCCUGCUGACUGCCCAAGGUAGUGAUAAUCAUGUUGUGGAGUCCUGCGGAGAGCAGAUCUACGUGUACACCGUAUACACUGCCUUCCACUUUCCUCCCAGCGUCCUGUGCAGCAUCCUGUGCAGCAACUCAGCGCCAUGGCCCUUUGGCAGGAAGUGUUUGUUGAAGUGGCGGCGAAAGGUUGCCAUUGCGGGACUAGCCGUCGCACAGGCAACAGACAGUCCUGUCGUGAUGAACUAUACAUGUACGCCAUGGUUGUCACAGAGCUGUUGUGUUCUAACUUUGGCGGAGAUUGUUUGCUGCCAUUCGGUGCUUACUGUAAUCUCUAUCACUGCAUGCAAGAGCGUAUAAGCAAUUGAACAGCAACCGAAACACUGCAGAACUUCAGAAUUAGGAUAUUCUAAGUUCAAACGUGGUGAUCAUCAGAUCCGUCAUAGAAGUGCCUCAGCACUCAAUCAAUCACUCAUUCUCUAAUCGGAUUCUGACGUAUACGAUGUAUUUGCUAUUGGUAGCUCUUCACAGCCUUGGUGCUAGCUGGAAUGGUGAAAGCUGGCACUUUUAGACGUCCAUAGUGACAUCUUUCUCUCUCUCUCUGUCUGUAUGUAUGUAUGUAUGUGAUACG